AUUUACACAGACUGGGCCAACCAUUACCUGAGUAAGUCUCGCAGUAAAAGACACAUUACAGACCUGCAGCAUGACCUGAGUGAUGGAGUGUUGCUGGCAGAGGUCAUCGAGGUUAUUACCAGUACGGAAAUUACAGACAUCAAAUUCAAACCGAAAACUUCAGCUCAGAUG